GAUGCAUUCACGGGCAUGGUAAACGAAACAGUUGGUAUUUGGCGGUCCGAUGAGAUUUGCCACAAUGACUGAAUAGUCCUUGGAUAAGUCGUCUGGUGCUGUGGAACCGGUGUUCACACGAUAGAAUACCGCCUCGAAUUCAAACCCACAUCGUUGGCUACUCUCCGAUGUUCAGAGUCCCGAGACUCAAAACAUCAGACGUGUCCCAUUUUGGUUCUUCUGCAACGAGUUGGCAUUUAGAAAUCAUGUCUCUAAACAUUUUGAUUUGGGUUGGAGUUAGCCAUAAAACAGCUCGGCUUCCGAGUUACCGAGGCUCGCGUCAUAGCUUCCCCAGAUUGUACAUAGUAUGUAGUACCGGUCAGUAUAUCUCCAGCUCAGUUCCUCUCCAGCAGCCACGCUCACCUCCACCCCGUCUCAUCAUACCACCAUUCCAAUGCCCACACAAGUCCUGAUUGUCGGCGCCGGCGCCAUUGGCGCUUUCUAUGCCUCCCGCCUGGCCUUGGUGCCCAACACGUUCGUGUCGGUCAUAUGUCGGUCGAACUACCAGGCCGUGAAGGCCAACGGCUUCAGCGUAACAUCGCCGCAAUACGGCUCUUACACCUUCAUUCCUUCGCACACCUUCGCCAGUCCAGAGGAAGCGCGCAGAAGCGGGAUAAAAUGGGACUACAUUGUCGUCAGCACAAAGGCCCUGCCUGACGUCAGCGACGAUUCGGCGAUACUGGAGGAAUUGGUGGACGAUGGGACCGCCAUCGUGCUGAUACAGAAUGGUCUCGGGGUCGAGGAGCCGUAUCUGAAGCGUUUCCCUCAGGCGUCGAUUUGCAGCGCCGUGACUAUUGCUAGCUGCGCUCAGCCCAGCCACGGGCAUAUCAAGCACAAUCGCUGGACGAGGAUCAACAGCGGGCCUUACCUUCCCCACCUCGAUACUGGAGGUUCACAGAGCUCCGAUGCGCGCGUAAUAGAGCAGAACGACAAGUUCGUGCAGCUGCUCAGAGAAGGCGGCAUCAAGGAUGCCAGUGCCUACGACCACUCGAAACUGCAGCUGGUGCGAUGGCAUAAGAUCGCCAUCAAUGCUUCCAUGAACCCGUCUUCCGUUCUCGCCGGCUGCGUGUCCAACUACGACAUGGCCAACGAUCCGGAACUGGCUCGACAUCUGAAGGGUGUCAUGGAAGAAGUGCUCGACGUCGCGCCCAAGAUUCUGGGGAAACCUUUCCCUCCCGAAUUCGCAACAUCCGACCAGAUUCUGCGCAGUACGCAGCGCAAUACGAGUGGAAGUAAGCCGAGUAUGGCGCUGGACUGGGAACAGGGGAAGACGAUGGAGCUGGAAGUGAUCCUGGGGAAUCCGAUUAGGAUUGCGAGAGAACGAGGUUAUGAGAUGCCGCGGCUGCAGACGCUCUAUGCGCUACUACGGAUGGCCCAGGAGAAGCGCGACAAGAGCAAACAAAGGAGCAAAAUAUGAUAUGAUAUGAUCUUCGACUACGGAAUACCACUCGUCACAUACUCCGUACUCACCGUCUAAUCUAGAACUGCACGACCACGGUGAUACUCAGAGGGCAGGAUCCGAUGAAAGGGGGUCCGUGAACUU